GCGGGGCGGCAGCGGGGCAGAGCGGGCGCGGAGGCGGCGGCGGGCGGCGGGGUGCGGUCGCCAUCGCCAUGCACGGGCUGUGGGAGCGGCUGGCGGGCGGCGAGCGGGGCCGCCUGGAGACCUCCGACUGCGAGUCGCUGGGCAGCGCCUCCGGCUCGGAGGGAGAUGCAGAGUAUGCCGAGGGGGCCUCCCUGCCAGACCUGGACCUGCUGCAUGACCCCGAGGAUGAGCUGCUCUGCGCCAACCUGAUGGACGUGGUCCAGGCCAUGCUGGGCAGAGCCCCGCUGGGCGCCAAGCGCUGCUCCCGGCUCCUCAUGCCGGCCCAGCUCCUGGCGCAGGUGAGGACGGAGCUGCUGCGCCUGGCCUGCAGUGAGCCCUGCGGGCUGCGCGGGGCUCUCCUCGACCUCUGCGUGGAGCAUGGCAAGGCCUGCCACGAUGUGGGGCACAUCGCUGUGGACCCCGCCGUGGUGCCCACCUUCCAGCUCACCCUGGUGCUCCGGCUGGACUCCCGCCUCUGGCCCAAGAUCCAGGGACUCUUCACCUCAGGACCGGCUUUCACACCGCUGAAGCUGAGCACGGGCUUCAGGGUCAUCAAGAAGAAGCUGUACAGCUCCGAGCAGCUGCUCAUAGAGGAGUGCUGACAGGCCGCGCUGGAGAAGCGACUUACCCAAGCGCUUUGGAAGAGCUGGUUAGAGCGUGGUGGCUCCCAGCAGCCGCUGUAGUUUAGGUUAGGCUGGAGUAGGGCUGUAGGUGGAAGUAGUUUGGGCAGGCGGAGAUCCCUGCCUGUGCCGGAGUGUCCCCGACGCGGAGCGGACCGGGAUGCAGGCGGAGGUCGCUUCGCACGGUUGAUGAUCGCGGGGUGAUCGCGGCAGCGGGGCUGCUGGGGGGUGGAUGGUCUCCUCCUGGUGGCCGAUUAAUCAUGGGGGGGUUAUUUGGGGUUGUUUGGUUUUUUUUGUAACAAGGAUUGUAAUCAAUGGGGUUUCUGGGGGAGGGCGUGUGUGGGAGUGAGUGAUGGCCGGGCUGUAGGUCUAGAUCAAAGACGAAGCCCUGCCGCUGGCACCUGGGCAGCUCGGCGCUGGGCUCCCAGUGGGGCCGGAGGGGGCGGCCGGGAUCGCUUACGUCUUUGGUCACGAGAGCGCGGUGCGGGAGAGGCGCGUGCGAGGCGACGUGGGGAUGGAGGGCAGGACCCCUUGCUGUGACACGCCAUGGGGGCUUCAUUGGUUACAGUUUACACUCAUACACUUGAUGUUCAAGUGCAAAAAAAACUUCCUAUGCAAUCAUGUUGGGGUGGGUUUUUUACUUUUCUAAUAAAAGCUGACUUUGUUGAUAA